AUGGGUUAAGUAUUGAAGUUAAAAUUAAAGAAAAGAACCCCAACCCCUCUUAUUUUCUCUCCCCUCCCUGUGCCCUCUUCUUUUCCCCUUCUUCAUGGCUUGCUCAUUAAAAGCCAACACCUGUUUUUUUGUUCCUCCUAUUCUUCGUGUCUUCCAUCUAUGAUGCCAGGUUGAUUUCUUAAACCUCUUAUACCAAAAAUUAUUAUUUUAUCUAUCAUAAAUUGAAUAGCAAAAGAGGAAACCCAAAAUCCCCAAUCUCUCUCUCGCGUCUCCUGUUAUCUGCCUCGCCGGUGAUGCGAGGCGUUGUAUCGGUGCUACCGCUGUCAGAAUUGUUGUUGUUGUUGCUGUCACUGGUUCCAUUUCCCCUUCUUGCAUCUCUCUCCUUUGUUCGUGCUGCUACCGCGAGUGAGGUGUCGUCGUCGUCGUUGUCGCCGUGGUGCUGGUCUUGUUGAUAUUGCUCCUGUUCUUCACCCCUUAGUGGUACUUUCCCUCUUUUCCUGUUUUGUUAGAUGAUGUUGUCGUUGUUGUUAUUGUUGUGUUAUAUUGUUGUUGUUAGAUGAUGAUGACCAUGUUGCUGUGAUGUGUUGUUCUGUUUUCCUUGUGGUUGUUUCUCUGGUUGUUGUUGAUAUCAUCAUUACUGUUAUUGUCAGAGGAUGAUUAUGUAGUGAAGUAUCAUUUGGAGAACAAGAAUAAUGAAGGAGAUUGUAUUAUUGAAAUCUGGAUUGCAUUUUAGGUUUGAUAUUCAGAGCUCAGAAUUGGAAGUGGAGUAAGAUAAAUAUGUCGUAUUGAUUAAUGAUUAAGUUUUGAUUUAGUUAGUUGAUUCGAGAAUAGUACUCAUAUUUCAUUGUAUAUACUUAAUAUUUGGGAAUUUUAGUGGAGCUAUUGAUGUAAUUAAGGUUUAUUUUCCGCUGUGAAUAAAUUUAAUUAAGAGUUAAUUUUAGUUUGUAGUAGUUGAGUGUGUUUCACUAGCAGUUCGGAAGAGCGGGUUGUUACAUUAACAUCUAAGGAAAAUUAGAGAAUUCUAGAAAGUACUUAAAUUAUAAAAUGACCAUAUUAGCGUUGUUAAUAUAGCCAAAUUACAAAACUACCCUACACCUUUUUUCUAUAAAUACCAAUGUGGGGAUACCAUUUUUUACUUCAUCUAAAAUCAUCGAAAAUGAUUGAGCUCAAAUAACUUCCUCCCUUCCUCCUUCGUUACGCCAGAAUGGCGAGCAAGAUCCUUCCCCUUAUUCUGUCAUUUUUCUUGAUUUCUUCUUCUGGCAAUUGCAUGCAAUCACAUUUUUGGAUCAAUUAAGUAGUGUAUGAUUUUAGGCAAGUGGUAUCUCAAGCCAUCUAAGAGGAGUUUAGUUGAAUAUAUACAAGAACAGGUAAGCUAUAGUAAAACUGAUUGUUUUUAGGAUUUUAGCUUACUGUUUUUGGGAUAAUUAUGAGUUAUCUAUACAUGCUUGUCAUAUCUAAGGUUGUGGAAAAUCAUUUAAGGAAAAUAUUCUGUUUUAUACGAGAAAAAACUUGGAUUAUCGGUUUAAGCUACAUAAGGAUUAAAACUAUAUUCUUUUAGCUUUUAUGUGUAGCGAUUGAUUUGUGGAAAUUAUGUGAAUUUUCGAAAAUAUGAUGUGAUAUAACUUACUGAUUCAUACAUGAAUUGUAAGUGAUUACUUCGAAGUGUUGUAUGUAAAUUUUUUGUGUUGAUUUAUGAUGUUUGGAAUGAUAAUAAACACCACAAUUAUAUUCAGUAAGACCUUUACACCAUUCAGCACUAAAAUUUCAUUUUGGACAAUGAAGGAUGUCCUAAUCUAGUAUGAAGAAGAUCUAGUUGAUUCUUGGAAUCAAUCUUAGGUUUAAGCAUGCUAGUAGCUGUUUUAUUUGGCAAGUUAUGCACAUGUACACUCUCACCAUCAUUAUGUACAUUUUCUACUGUGUAACAACCCACAUACUCAUCAACAUUACCUUGACUUGUUGUAGUCUGAAUAAAAUAGUAGAGACCAUGUGUAUUUUUGCCAACACCAAGCAGCAGAGAAGUAGAAGGGUCCUGGAAAAUAUACCCCGUUCUAGUAAACUUGACUUGAAUAUCACUUUGUUCAAUCAGCUUACCAAUUGACAUCAAGUUGUGUCUAAAUUCGUUGACUAACAAUACAUCAUAUAACACCAAUUGGUCAUUUAAAACCACAUCUCCCAUAACCUCAACAUGAAUCUGAGUCCCAUUAGGCAGUCCAACCUUAAUAGGUUUAUUUAUAACUCUUUUGUUUGACAAUAUGCUCUCAUCAUAUGUCAUAUGAUCACAGGCUCCUGAGUCUACAAUCCAUACACAUUCAUGUUGCAUUUUGCUCAUAGUACAAUUAAAAGAGUGAGAAAUUGUACCUGCAAAAUUAGCAUAAGAACAUGUUGCACCACUGAUAUCACCACCUUCUUGUUGCUUGCCUUUCAUUGCCUUCAUAACCUGUUGACAAAUAGUGUUCAGCAUGUCACUGUUAACCAUUUCAGUUGCACCAACUGAAUCAUCCACAGACUAUCUUCUUCUUUAUCAGCUGUAGAGUAAAGCACGUUUCCAUUUAGGAUAAUCUUUAUGAUUUUCAGCAGGUUUUAAUAUUUCACCAUUGAUGAAUCUUUCUUUGUUUUUAGCUAUUAAAGCACGUUUUACAUUUCUGUUCCGGCAAAUAAAAUUCGCACCAUUAAAAACAGUAGAAAAUAAUGAAGAUGUUGGAUUAUCAGAGUUAGCAACGAAAUAAGGAUCAAAAUUACCUCCUUUGAUCAAUUGCAAAGAAUUAUUCGUAGAAGUUUCAGUUGUAUUAACAUCUUCAAUCACCAUUGUUAUCACAAUCAAGAAUCAAAUCAAUUUGCAGAAAGAAUUACUCAAUUUCCGUCGCAAGAUUUGUGCAAGAAAUUUUGCAAUUGCAAGAAACUACGCAACAAUUCACAACGAAAUAACAGAAUUUCAGAAUGUAAAAUUCGAAACCUCAAUCUCAGAAUGAGAUUAGAGCUCUGAUACUAUGUAGAAAUCUAAACAUGGAGAGAAUUUAGAGAGAGAAAGAGAAGAAGAAUUGUAUUACUGAUAGAAAUGUUAUCUCACAAGGAUGAGAGAAGCAAGCUAUAGCUUAUAUACUUAGCUCAUAACAAACUUCUAACUAACUUAUAACAAACUUUAUUACAAGAGAAUAAAUUAUAUAAUAUAACUCCUAUACAUGUUAAAUCCCCCCCUUAAUAAGUUGAACCUUGUUAUUACCUUAUUUGAGCCUUCAUUAGUGAGCUCGUUUACGACUGAGUUCUCAUGCUAGGAUUUUCGAAAAUUCAUGAUUUGAUUAUGGAAAAAAACCUUACUUUUCUCCCAUCAUAUGGCACACGCGAUCUAAGUUUCAUUAGAAAAAAACACCUAAAAAUCGAUUUUUCCUAGUUGUUUUUCUAAACUAAUUAACCAUCAUUUCCUUGGUUAUUUGUUCCUCUGAAUAUCGACUAUAUACUUCAUAUACCCAUUCACUCAUCUACAUACCAAACCCCUAGCUAAGCAUAUAAAUCAUUAUUAAGGGCACUAUAGUCUUUUAAAUACAUGUUUAAGAUAUUUUCUACCUAAGAGAGAGUGAUGUAAUCUAUUUUGUCUGGUUGUUAAAAGCUUCCUAUAUAACUGUAUUGUGUGCUGCCAAGUUGGGUGGAUCAGUUAAUACAAAAAUUCUCUUUCUCUCAUUUCCUUCUGUGCUCUAAUAUUCCUCUGUGAGUGUGAGAAUGUUUACUGACCAUUCAAUUAUCAUGGUAUCAGAGCCACCACACUGCACACUGGACUGAGCAAAAUUCUCCCUGAAACUUUCUUUUCUCUUUCUUAAAAACCCUAAAUUCAAACUGACACCCUCCUACGCCGUGGUUCUUCUAGGCCAAAAUCUAGAGCCUCCCUUUUCUCCCUUACAUACAAAAUUGAAUCUUGGUGUGUUCCUUUCUUCCUUUUUUCCUCUUCUUCUCUCCUAAACAAUGGCAGCAGGAAGAAUCUCAUUUCAAGAUAUGUUGAACCCUGUAUUUCUUCAUCCCUCUGAUAGCUCAACUUCCAUACAAAUUAACAAGCUUCAGGGACCAGCUGAUUAUAGAGCUUGGCGCAGAACAAUGGAAAUCAACCUUGCUUCAAAACGUAAGCUCGGAUUUGUUACUGGAACUGUGCCUGUUCCCACUGAUGAUGAAAUCAAAGUUGAGCUCUGGGAAACCUGCAAUAACAUGGUAAUCGCUUGGCUUACUAACAAUCUCUCAUCUUCAAUUCGAAAAUCUGUGAUGUACAUGACAAAUGCUAAAGAGAUUUGGCUGAAUCUUGAAAAACGCUUUUCUCUCACUAAUGGUUCACGCAAAUACAAACUGAACAAAGACUUGUUUGAAGUCAAACAAAAUGUUGUGUCAAUAAAUGAGUAUUAUACCUCAAUGAGAUCAAUGUGGGAAGAGUUGGAUACUCUAAAUAUGUUGCCUGUAAUUGCUGAACCCAGUGUUGAAGUAAAAAGCCUAUUAGAUACCAUUGAACUUCACAAAGAAGAGUCUAGAUUAUUUCAGUUUUUAAAUGGCAUAGAUGAUGUUUACAGUCACCAUAGAAGUCAAUUACUGAUGCUGACCCCCCUUCCCAAUGUUGAGAAUGCUUGUGCUGUUCUGAUGCAAGAGGAAGCUCAAAGAGCUCUCUUGCAUAGACCAAAAAUUGAUGAUACAGUAUCUGCUAUGAAUGUGUACAACAAUUCUGAAAAAUUGGCUGUGUGUAAUGUUUGCAACAAAAAAGCGCAUACAGGUGAUAAAUGCUGGUUUGUUGUGGGAUUCCCAAAGAGGAAUCAAAACCCUAAAACAUUUCAACCCAAAGCCAAGCCAUACACCUAUCCUACCUCCAAAUGGAAUUCUCCAUCUAAACCUUACAAGCCUAAGUUGGCUAACAAUGCUCACACUUCACUUUAUGCUCCUUCUACCUCUGAUACUGGUGGCCUUCUCUUCAGCCCACAACAACUUGCUCAAUUAGCUAAACUUCUGCCUCAAAUCACAAAUACCAAACAUACAGAAACAGAUGAUGAACUUGAUGUUCAUUUCUCAGGCAUGCUUACCUGCCAACCUAACUCCAUAUCCUCUGAUGAAUGGAUUGUGGACAGUGGAGCAUCUGACCACAUGACUCCUCACCUUUCGAACCUUGAACCCACAUCUACCAAAACCUACUGUCCACCAUAAACCUUCCCACAGGUGCCACAAGCCUUGUCUCUCAUGUUGGCACCACCCAUCUCCCUAAUGGACUUGUCAUUUACAAUGUCCUAUGUGUACCUGAUUUCCAUCACAACCUCCUUUCAUUCCAAAAACUCAUAAAAGAUUCUAACUGUGAAGUCCAAUUCUUUCCCACCCACUGUCACAUCCUUGAUUCCACUUCAAAAACUAUCCUAGCAACUGACACUGCUAGACAUGGCCUGUAUUACCUCUCCCUUCCUUCUACAAGCACCUCCAACUCACCUUCAUCUCUUACAGCCACUGUCUCCUCAACUAUAAACACUCAGAAUCCUAUAGACCUUUGGCAUCACAGACUAGGGCAUGCCCCUGUAGCCAAGAUCAAACUCCUUCCCUGCAUCCCACCUAACACUCCUACUUCCCAUAAAAUUUGCCUCACCUGUCCCAUGGCCAAGUUCACCAAACUUCCCUUCAACCUCAGCACCUCUCAUGCCUCUCAACCUUUUGAACUCAUUCAUAUGGAUAUCUGGGGUCCAUAUAGAGAAUGUAUCAAAGGCAAAUACAAGUACUUUCUCACAAUUGUGGAUGACCACACAAGACAUACUUGGGUCUACCUAUUACAAUACAAGUCUGACUCUCUUGCAACCCUGGAAAUCUUUCUAGCCUAUGCCCAAACACAAUUUUCCAAAGUCAUCAAACAUAUAAGGUCUGAUAAUGCCCUAGAGUUUGAUGAUGAACCUUGCAGACUCUUCUUCACUUCUCAUGGAAUCACAAAUCAGACCUCUUGUGUUAAAAGACCUGAACAAAAUGCCCGUGCUGAAAGGAAACAUAGACACAUUCUUGAAAUCAGCAGAGCACUCAGAUUUCAAGCUGGUCUUCCCCUCUCUUAUUGGGGAGACUGCACUCACUGUUGUCCACUUAAUCAACAAGCUUCCCACCCCAAUCCUUCAUAACAUAACCCCAUAUGAAGUCUUAUUUGGCAAACCACCAUCCUAUGAUCACCUAAAAAUAUUUCGCUGCCUUACUUUUGCUACUAAUCCUGCUUUUCCAAAUGACAAAUUCUCUCCUAGAGGAGUUCCCUGUGUCUUUCUUGGGUAUCCCUCAACUCAAAAAGGAUACAAACUUCUCAACCUCACCACCAUGCUCACAUUUGUGUCAAGAGAUGUGCGCUUUAAUGAAACUAUAUUUCCUUUCUUAACAACAUCUGUGAACUCAUACAUGCAUCCUAUCCUUGAUCCUAAACCAUCUCCUCUGACUCCCAUCUUUGAUGACUAUGUUUACUCUGAUGUAACACCUUCACCCUCUCCUGCCCUAAGCUCUCCCAUCACCACUCCUCAUCCUACUUCUCCUAUACCUCCUAUUAAUCUCCUCCCACCCGCUCCUCUCAGAAGGAGUUCCAGAACCCAUGUUCCCCCCCUCCUGGCAUCAAGAUUUCAUAACUAAUCCCCCACCUCACAUCUCUAAUAUGGCUUUCACCAUUACUCAACCUGAAUUCCAGUGCUUUCUCACCACUCUAACCAAUAACCAAGACCCUAUACAUUUUAAAGCUGCCCUUCAGCACCCCCACUGGAUCACUGCUAUGAACAUUGAGGUUACAGCCCUGGAAAAAAAUAACACCUGGGAUGUCACUCCUCUCCCAUAAGGAAAAGUCCCUAUUGGCUGUAAGUGGUUAUUUAAAACCAAGUACCACCCUGAUGGUACAAUAGAAAGACACAAAUCAAGGUUGGUUAUCCUUGGUUGUAAACAAAAGCCUGGAGAAGAUUAUGACCAAACCUUUGCACCAGUGGCUAAAAUGACCACUGUCAGAACCCUUCUGGCAGUUGUUGCCCUUCAAUCUUGGCACACCACUCAUAUGGAUGUGACAAACGCGUUUUUGUAUGGUGAUCUUACUGAAAAAGUGUACAUGAAGCUCCCUCUGGGCUACACUCAUCAUGGUUGCAGAAUACAUUCUAACUCCUCCAUAUCUCCUCACCCUCCUUCUAAUGUUUGCAAACUAAACAAAGCUUUAUAUGGCCUAAAGCAAGCUCCCCGUCAAUGGUUCUACAAGCUUUCUACUACCCUUCUUCACCUUACCUAUACACAAUCAAAAUCAGAUUACAGUAUUUUUGUCAAACACACAUCCACCUCUGUCACUCUUGUACUCAUAUAUGUUGAUGACUUGCUAAUUUGUGGCAAUAGCUCUACUGAAAUUCAUCACCUUAAAACUAUGCUCUUUUCAUACUUUAACAUGAAAGACUUAGGUGGCUUGAGAUACUUUCUUGCAUUGAAAUUGACAGAAGUGCUGCUGGUUUCAUUCUAUCUCAAAACAAGUAUACCCUUGAUCUGCUAAAAGAGUUUGGUAUGUACCAAGUUAAACCACUCUCUCUUCCCAUGGAUACUCACCUUAAGCUUACCCCUGAUAAAGGAGACCUUCUCCCUGAUCCUACUCCCUAUCAAAGGCUCCUUGGUAAACUAAUUUACCUUACAAUCACAAGGCCAGACAUUUGCUUUACGGUUCAGCUCCUAAGCCAAUACAUGCAUCAGCCUACCACAGUUCACAUGCAAGCUGCUAAAAGGUUGUUGAGAUACUUAUCAGGCACUCAUACCCAAGGUAUUUUCUUGGCUUCCACCUCAGGUGCUCACCUCACUGCUUACUGUGACAGUGACUGGGCCAGCUGUCCAGUAACCAGGAGAUCAACCACUGGAUUUUGCAUCUUCCUAGGUCAAUCUCAAAUCUCUUGGAAAGCAAAAAAACAACCUGUGGUGGCUCGUUCCUCAGCUGAAGCAGAAUAUCGGGCCAUGGCCCUAACCACAUGUGAGGUGACAUGGCUUACAGCCCUCCUGAAGGACCUUGGUCUUCAGCAUCUUCCUCCUACAACACUUAACUGUGACAACCAAGCAGCUCUGGCCAUUGUUGCAAACCCAGUUCUACAUGAACGCACCAAACAUGUAGAAGUUGACUGUCAUUAUAUCCGUGAUCAAGUCAAGGCUGGCACAAUUAUUCCUCAACAUGUCACUUCAUCAGACUAGGUUGCAGACAUAAUCACCAAGAUUCUCUCCGUGCAACAACAUCAAAAGCAUGUUUCCAAGCUGGGAGCUUCAGUCAAGCCUUCCGCCUCAGCUUAAGGGGGAGUAUUAAGGGCACUAUAGUCUUUUAAAUACAUGUUUAAGAUAUUUUAUACCUAAGAGAGAAUGAUGUAACCUAUUUUGUCUGGUUGUUAAAAGCUUCCUAUAUAAUUGUA